CAAGUUGUGAUCAUGAAUUUGUUCCAUAUCUACAGUUUGGAUGGAAAACAGGUUUUCCAAAAACCAAAAAUUGAAGGCAUGUUUGAAGCUCAAGCAAUUUGCAGUCCCAAAUGGCUCCAAUUUCCCACUCCCACCGGGAACAGCAUUCCCAAACCCAGAAUUGGAUUCCCGACUGGAAUUUCAAACCCAAAUGUUCUCAUUUGCCAAACCCCCAUUCACUUCCCCCGUCACAAGAACAUCAAAUCUCAGACCCCUUUUGCAGUAAAUGCUUCCUCAGCUUCAGCUGCGGUUGGAAGUGCAGAAUACAUAGAGGAACCUGCUACCAAAGAGAAAUUUCAAACAUCUUUGAGUUUACCGGGUUGUUCGAGUUCAUUGACGUUGCUUGGAACUGGAUACAGGGAAAAGGUCUUUGCAAUUAUUGGCGUAAAAGUCUAUGCUGCAGGACUAUAUGUGAACCAGUCUGUCUUAAAUAGUUUGCAUGCUUCGAAAGGAAGAUCAGCUGCUGAGCUUCAAGAGGAUUCAUCCUUGUUCAACUCUAUUUUUCUAUCUCCUUUGGAGAAAUCGUUACAGAUUGUUCUGGUUAGAGAUGUUGAUGGGAAAACUUUUUGGGACGCCUUGAAUGAUGCCAUCUCUCCAAGAAUCAAAUCACCAACCCCUGUUGAUGAAUCUGCACUGUCCACAUUCCGUAGCAUCUUUCAAGGGCAACCUCUUAAGAAAGGAACUUUCAUAUUUUUGACUUGGCCAGACCCUUCCAAAAUGCUUGUCUCUAUCUCGUCUGAUGGGCUUCCUUCUAGUGUGGGUGCUGAAAUUAAGUCAGAAAACGUGGCUUUUGCUCUUUUUGAUGUAUUCUUUGGAGAUACUCCAGUUUCUUUCUCCUUGAAAGCUUCGGUUGUGAAAGGACUGGAAUCAAUCCUCAAGUAGAUGCUACGAGUAAGCUUUUUCAUGUUCUCUAUUAGCCACUUGAGCCUGCCUUUCGUUUAUGUAUCUAUUUGUGUACCUUGGAUUGGACCAGGAAGUGGUAUAAAUUGAAAGAAAAUAUAUUUCUCAACCAUCUUAUGGUGGCUAUCUUGCCGAUAA